CUUGCUUCUAUUCAUGAUGGUUGUGUGCCGAUUUGGGCUUCUGCUGUGGUGUGCUACGACACUUUCUGGUUUGGCAGCGGAGAACUCUUUACCUCUGGUCACAUGCGACGACGACAGCGUGAUGGCGGCAGCCGGCAUGGCCGUCCGUCGUAUCAAUGACAACCACAAGCAUGGCUUCAAGUUCAAUCUGCAGGAGGUCCAGAGCAGCAACUAUCAACAGUUUUCUGGAGGUUGCCAUAUCGAUGUCAACGUAAAGCUGGUGCAGACCAAAUGUCACUUCACUAACCCCAAACCUGUGGACCAAUGCAAGCUGUGGCAGCAGAAUGAGCGGGUAGAUAUUCUUUUGAGUUGGGAAAGCGCUCAGCUAUGUCUGUUGGUGUGCUGA